CCUUGGUUCAUGAAAACCGCUUUCCCCACAGACCCUCACCAUGUCUAUCCUCAAGAUCCACGCCAGGGAGAUCUUCGACUCCCGCGGGAAUCCCACUGUGGAGGUGGAUCUCCACACCGCCAAAGGUCUUUUCAGAGCUGCUGUGCCCAGUGGGGCCUCAACUGGCAUCUAUGAGGCCCUGGAGCUGAGGGACAAUGACAAGACGCGCUAUUUGGGAAAAGGUGUCUCAAAGGCCGUUGAGCACAUCAAUAAAACUAUUGCACCUGCCCUGGUUAGCAAGAAGGUGAAUGUCGUGGAGCAGGAGAAGAUCGACAAGCUGAUGAUCGAGAUGGAUGGGACAGAAAACAAAUCUAAGUUUGGGGCGAACGCCAUUCUGGGUGUAUCCCUGGCCGUCUGCAAGGCCGGGGCAGUGGAGAAGGGGGUGCCCCUUUACCGCCACAUCGCUGACCUGGCUGGCAACCCCGAGGUCAUCCUUCCUGUGCCGGCUUUCAACGUCAUCAACGGUGGCUCCCACGCGGGCAACAAGCUGGCCAUGCAGGAGUUCAUGAUCCUCCCAGUGGGCGCCACCAGCUUCAAGGAGGCCAUGCGCAUCGGCGCCGAGGUCUACCACAACCUCAAGAACGUCAUCAAGGCCAAGUACGGCAAGGACGCAACCAAUGUGGGCGACGAGGGUGGCUUCGCCCCCAACAUCCUGGAGAACAAGGAAGCCCUGGAGCUGCUGAAGGAAGCCAUCGGGAAAGCCGGCUACACCGAUCAGGUGGUCAUCGGCAUGGACGUGGCCGCCUCCGAGUUCUACCGCGACGGCAAGUACGACCUGGACUUCAAGUCGCCCGACAACCCGAGCCGAUACAUCACCCCCAGCCAGCUGGGCGACCUGUACAAGUCAUUCAUUCAGCAGUACCCGGUGGUGUCUAUCGAAGAUCCUUUUGACCAGGAUGACUGGAAUGCCUGGAGCAGCUUCACUGCCAGCGCGGGCAUCCAGGUGGUGGGCGAUGACCUCACGGUCACCAACCCCAAGCGGAUUGCCAAGGCCGUGGACCAGAAGUCGUGCAACUGCCUGCUGCUGAAGGUCAACCAGAUCGGCUCGGUCACUGAGUCCCUGCAGGCCUGCAAGCUGGCCCAGUCCAACGGCUGGGGCGUCAUGGUGUCUCAUCGCUCUGGGGAGACGGAAGACACCUUCAUCGCUGACCUAGUGGUGGGGCUCUGCACUGGGCAGAUCAAGACUGGUGCCCCCUGCCGCUCCGAGCGCUUGGCCAAGUACAACCAGCUCCUCAGGAUUGAAGAGGAACUGGGCAGCAAGGCCAAGUUUGCCGGCAAGAAGUUCCGAAACCCCCUUAAAUAAGUCCAUGGGGCCCAGCCAGCUGCUGAGCCCCCACCCGGCCGCCUACUCCAGGCUCUGCCUCUCCCGCCCGCCGCUUCCUAGAACUGCAGCUGAGGCCGUGCUUGCCCGCCCGAGCCUAGCUCUGACCACGUGAUGCAUCGUCGUUGUCAUUGUCCCCAUCUUGAGCUGUGUCCAUGCUGUCCUCGGAAGGGUCCAGCAGAGUAAAUAAAACAGGCAGAGUCCUGGAAGGAAACUG